ACUAUCAUUAACAUUGUAUAAAAACUAUUGGUAUUUACAAUUAACUUAAAAUCCUGGUAAAGGUGGUAUCAAAUUGAGUUAAUAUUAAGAAAAUAAAAUGGAAUUAAAGAAUUGUCCGGAAUGUGAUCGUCCUACAUCCUUCAGUUGGUGUAUGACGUGUGAAACUAAUUUUAUGAAGGGAAAAUUUCCUUAUUGGACAUCGGAAAAUAGAGAGAUUGAUGAGCUAAUCCAACAUACUCAACUAAAUGCCUCUCAAGCUUGUAAUUACUUGGAGUGGAUUCCAUUUGAAACACUUGUAAUGGGUAAGUAUAUUGGGAGUGGAGGAUUUAGUAGUAUUUAUUCAGCCGUUUGGAUGGAAGGUCCUAGGUGGAAUUUGGAUGAUAGUACGCAAGAAUGGGCUCGAGCUGGUCCUACUUCUGUUGCUUUAAAACGUCUCGAUAAUUCAUUAAAUAUAUUGAGUUCUUACGUUGAUCAGAUUAAAGUACAUCAUGAGUGUAUACAAUUGGCUUCAUUUGUUGAAACAUUUGGAAUUACAAAAGAUUCAACAUCUAAUUACAUGAUAGUUAUGAAAUAUUAUGAAACUGGAAAUUUGUACAAAUACCUUGAUCGUCACAAUUGGAUUCUUUCUUGGAAAGAUAUAAUCGAUAUGUUACGGGGAAUCGCUAAAAGUCUUGAAAAAAUUCACAUUAAAGGAAAAUUUCAUAAAAAUCUUCAUGGAGGAAAUUUAUUUAUUGGAAAUGAAAUAAUUCUUAUAGAUGCUCGUAUUGGUGACGUGGGCCUUUAUGGUCCAAGCUGUUAUCUUGAAAAUAGAGGUUUCAAUCAAAUUUAUGGAGUUUUACCAUAUAUUGCACCGGAAGUUUUACAUGGAGAAUCUUAUAGUGCUGCCUCCGAUAUUUAUUCAUUUGGUAUUAUUAUGAACAUUCUUGCAACUGGAAAAAGGCCUUGGUAUAAUAGAGCUCAUAAUAUUAGUUUAGCAAAAGAUAUCUGUGAUGGGGAAAGACUCGAAAUUCCGGAGGAUACACCAAGUUUUUAUGCGAAAUUAAUGCGACAAUGUUGGGACAAUGAACCAGGUAACCGUCCAACUGCAUCUGAUUUAUAUAAAAAAUUAAAUUGGAUUAAUUUAAUUUGUGAUAAUUCAAAUCUAUUUGAUGAUUAUUAUUACAUUUCUGAAGAAAAAAGAUAUAAAAUAAUAUCUCAAUUACCUAAAUCAUAUACUCAUCCGAAAAUACAUCCCGAAGCAUAUUAUACAAGUAGACUUUUGAUUUUUCCUGAAUUAUUCAAAAAAUGAUCAC